ACUCUGUGAUUUGGCAACGGGUAGAAGCGAGUCAUCGUGCACACGGUUUUCCUUCAUUUGCAUUUUGCAUUUCUGUGACUCCGUUGCUAGAUUCAUCGCGCCUACCGAGGGAAGAGAUCGUGCAUCGUGCGGAUUCUUGUUUUUGGGCCGGAGAAGCAACCGAGGGUUGAACGAUGAGUGAUCCGAAGAGUGGUGAAGAUUUGGCGACUGCUAUCCUUCGCAAGAAGGAUAGGCCAAACAGACUGCUGGUCGAUGAGGCGAUUGCCGAUGACAAUUCCGUAGUUGCGCUCUCCCAAGCAAAAAUGGAUGAGUUGCAGUUGUUUCGCGGUGAUACCGUACUGCUGAAGGGCAAGAGGCGUAAGGAGACGGUGUGCAUCGUUCUUUCGGACGACACCUGCCCGGACGAGAAGAUCCGCAUGAACCGGGUUGUCAGAAAUAACUUGCGCGUGCGCCUGAGCGAUGUCGUUUCCGUACAAGCUUGUCCGGAGGUCAAGUAUGGAAAACGUAUUCAUGUGCUGCCAAUGGACGACACUGUCGACGGUCUUACCGGGAACCUAUUCGAAGUCUAUUUAAAGCCGUACUUCUUGGAAGCGUACCGUCCUAUUCACAAAGAUGACAACUUCAUUGUACGAGGAGGUAUGCGAGCAGUGGAAUUCAAAGUUGUGGAAACUGAUCCGGGACCAUUUUGCAUUGUGGCGCCUGAUACAGUGAUACAUUGUGAAGGUGAUCCGAUAAAACGAGAGGAGGAGGAGGAAGCAUUGAACGCUGUAGGAUACGACGAUAUCGGCGGCGUCCGCAAGCAAUUGGCGCAAAUCAAGGAAAUGGUAGAAUUACCUCUGCGACAUCCGUCUCUGUUCAAAGCGAUCGGUGUCAAGCCGCCACGUGGUAUAUUGUUAUAUGGACCACCGGGAACAGGAAAAACUCUCAUUGCACGCGCUGUGGCAAACGAAACUGGAGCGUUCUUCUUUCUCAUAAACGGUCCCGAAAUUAUGAGCAAACUAGCUGGUGAAUCCGAAAGCAACUUGCGAAAGGCGUUCGAGGAGGCCGAGAAAAAUUCUCCGGCUAUUAUAUUUAUCGACGAACUUGAUGCGAUUGCGCCAAAACGUGAAAAGACGCACGGCGAAGUUGAGAGGCGUAUUGUGUCGCAACUGUUGACACUGAUGGAUGGCAUGAAGCAAAGCUCCCAUGUGAUUGUAAUGGCAGCUACCAAUCGACCGAACAGCAUUGACGGAGCAUUGCGUCGAUUCGGACGUUUCGAUAGAGAGAUCGACAUUGGUAUACCGGAUGCCACUGGCCGAUUGGAAAUCUUGAGAAUCCAUACGAAGAACAUGAAACUUGCUGACGACGUCGAUUUAGAAGAGAUUGCAGCGGAGACUCACGGACACGUUGGCGCCGAUUUAGCGUCUUUAUGUUCGGAAGCGGCUCUUCAACAAAUUCGUGAAAAAAUGGACCUCAUAGACUUGGAGGACGACCAUAUAGAUGCGGAGGUCUUGUCUUCGCUUGCGGUAACAAUGGAGAACUUUAAGUAUGCAAUGACGAAGAGCAGCCCGAGCGCUCUACGCGAGACGAUCGUGGAGGUGCCGACGGUCACCUGGGAUGAUAUCGGAGGUUUACAAAACGUCAAAAUGGAAUUGCAAGAAUUGGUGCAGUAUCCAGUGGAGCAUCCUGAUAAAUUCUUGAAAUUCGGUAUGCAACCGUCAAGAGGCGUACUAUUUUACGGCCCACCCGGUUGCGGUAAAACACUAUUGGCCAAAGCGAUUGCCAAUGAGUGUCAAGCGAAUUUCAUUUCUGUCAAGGGGCCUGAAUUAUUAACCAUGUGGUUCGGAGAAUCGGAAGCCAAUGUCAGAGAUGUCUUCGACAAGGCAAGAUCAGCAGCGCCUUGCGUAUUGUUCUUCGACGAACUCGAUUCUAUCGCGAAAUCUCGAGGCGGCACUGUCGGCGACGCCGGUGGUGCAGCGGACCGUGUGAUAAAUCAGAUAUUAACGGAAAUGGACGGUAUGGGCGCGAAGAAGAACGUAUUCAUCAUAGGAGCGACAAAUCGGCCCGACAUCAUCGAUCCGGCAAUUUUACGACCUGGUAGAUUAGAUCAAUUAAUUUACAUACCGCUACCGGAUGAGAAGUCCCGAGAAGCAAUAUUCCGCGCUAAUCUCCGAAAAUCGCCCGUGGCUAAGGACGUAGAUCUAAGCUACAUAGCCAAAGUUACACACGGUUUUUCCGGUGCUGACUUGACAGAAAUCUGCCAACGGGCAUGCAAACUUGCCAUUAGACAGUGCAUCGAGACUGAAAUCCGAAGGGAAAAAGAACGAGCAAAUAAUCCAUCCGCAUCUAUGGACAUGGAUGAGGAUGAUCCCGUACCAGAAAUAACGCGAGCUCAUUUCGAGGAAGCAAUGAGGUUCGCGCGUCGUUCAGUAUCCGAUAACGACAUUCGCAAGUACGAAAUGUUUGCGCAAACGCUUCAGCAAUCUCGAGGAUUCGGGACUAAUUUCAGAUUUCCACAAAGUGGAGCAGGCGGUGCUCAAGAUAAUACGCAAGGCGAUCAAGCCUUUCAAGAUGAUGGAGAUGACGAUCUCUAUAGCUAAGUUUUCGUUUCCUUGUAUGUCAUUACAGUGAGCAUACGACAAAAGGGCCUGUCUGUUACCACAUAAUGUAUUGCACAUGAAUCGUUUUUAAGUGAUACAAUUGAGAUAUAAAGAGCGUAAAUAAAUGGAUGGAGAUAAAAUGGAAAUUUUAUAUAAGGUAUAUACGGGUUUGUGUUUGUAGGAAAAGGGCACGGACCCUAAUUCAUGUAGCUAAGAAACAUUCGGAUAUAAAAUAUCGAUUGAAAACUUGCUUUGUCAGAUGAUUAUUUUUUUGCAUUUAACCAUUCUUUAUAUUGAUGGAACUUGGUCUUUUAACGGAAUUGUUAUACAAAAUGUUCUUUCUUUUUCAUCAACAUUUGGUAACAUGAAUGUGCGAUGGAAAUACAAUCGCAGGAAGAUCAUUACAAAGCGGUGAGAUGACGCUACACCGCGUAUGCACGUAUUAUAAGGAUAAGCAUAAUAUCCAUUACAAUUUUGCUACGUAAUUUUACAUGUGUUAACGAUUUACGUAUUUUUGUCGAGCUUGAACUCGGAAUGGACCCUUUUGCUGCAUUAUCACUGUACUCGAUGAGAAUACAUUCUGUUGUUCACACUCACGCAUUGCAGUAAUAUAAAAAAAAAAAAAAAAAAAAAUUAUGCCAUGUCGCGAUGAGAUUGUCAACUAAUGAUGAUGUACGUUGACGAUUUUACAAAUAUCUCUUAAUAGUAAAUGAUUAUCCAUAUACGA